GCUCUCGUGUAACAUGCAGUUACACCAUGUAUUAUUCGCUUUAUUAUAAAAUCAAAACGAUGAGCUAACAAAGAACUCAGUAUUUGUUCAGUGCUACGCGAUGGUUUGGUUUCGUUCAGUGUGAUUCAUUUUAGUCUCAACAGUUACUGGUUAAAUUGUAUAAUUCAACAUGUACAAAAUGAAUCUAACCAAGUGUUUGGCCGCCAUAUUUUUGAUGGAGAUUGUUAUUGCAUCCGAACCGUUCGCGUCGGGUUUACCGCCUGCCAAAAUGGUCAAAGAAAUUAAACUCAUGCUGACUUAUACCGGAUGGAAAGACAUAUUGGAUAACGCGAAAACGAACACUGCCGGAAAACAGGUGGGUGACGAGUACGUGGCAAAGUUGUUCGAUCACAAGGAUGACAUUACAAUAGAGAACGUGUUGGCCGUUAACGAACACAUUACCCUCAUGUUGAACUGCAGGUACUCGAGUAGAUUUUUGUUCUUGUUAUACAUCCUAAUCCACCUGGCAACCGAAUGCGGAUACUUGGCUAUUUCGCCUCGACAAUCCGUUUUUCCUGCUUCACCGUUGAAUCCCUGCGAAGAAACAAUGGUGUCGGCGUUUAAGCUGACUUCGGUGGACUUAACGCACGCCAUCAGUGCGUUGAUGUAUUUGCAUAAGUUGGAAUCGACCAGAAGACUUAGCAGCGGCAUGCUUAUUAUCGGCAGCUCGUUAGUAAGACAUGUUGGCCGUUUGUUGGACUACUUGCAAGAGGCCGACCCGCCAAAACCAUUAAGUGCUAUCAGAAGGCAAUUGCUAACCUGCGUGAGUUCUUUGAAGCCUUUUAGCGAACAAUUGUGUGAAUAUUACACCAAUAAUUGUCGCGUGGAAACCGAUUACCUGGACCUAAUGGACAAUUAUAGUCAAGUGUUCAACGACGUACGACAACAAUUCAGUCUGGACCAGCGUUUGUCUUAUCUCCUAGGCAAUAUCGGUUAUGUCUCCGACGAUAUCACUGAACAAAACUUCAAGGCUUGCGGGUUUCUAUUCAGCAGUGACACGUUUAUGUGUACAUUAAGACAACCAGAAGCGUCUACAUCCUAAUAAUUCCAUAGACGUGAAAAAAAUGUGUGUUUUUAAAUAGUUUAAAUAAACAAUUGAUAACUUCAAACUUGAAGUUUUGAAUGGUUUUCAACAGUUUCUUCUUCUCUCUAUUUAAAUGAAACAAUAUUAGUAUUGUUUACACAUUAUUGUAAGUUAAAUUGUUUUUACGUAUGUGUUUAAGGUACAUUUUCGAAUAAGACUAUUUAUCUCUAUACAUGAAAGUCAUAUAUUUCUAAGACUAUUUUUAA